CGAAUACUAUAACAACUUAUUCAAGAAGAGACCCGAUGAGGACCGGGAUAAACGGGAACAGGAGGGCUGCCUAUUAUCGCACAUUCCCGAGAUGUGCACGUGUUUCACAUCGAGCUUAUUCUGUGAGCACCAGAACCUAUUCACUGUGCCAUCAGAUCUCCCUCAAGACAUUACUGACCUGAUUUUGACGGCCACUGACAUCAUGUCUAUUGAGAGGAAAGCAUUUCAAAACAUGAAUCGAUUGCAAUAUCUGUACUUAAGUGGCAAUAAAAUAUCGACCAUCAGGAGCAAGACAUUCAUCAACACCACUGUUUUAGAACUAUUGUAUGAACUUUAAAAAUUUCAU